AUGGCACGCAAACAAAAGACAACAAACAAACUAUUGACCACGACUCCACUUCCCACAUCGAACCAGAAAAUAGCCAGAGUAUUAAGCAGUCGCGGGAAAAAUCUAUUUGAGGUCGAAUAUGUGGAUACUGCAAAUGUUACCAUUACGAAUAAAAGUGCUACAUUAUGUAGGUUACCGCCGAAAUUUCGUAAUUUGGUUUGGGUGAAAAGAGGAAGUUUUGUUAUAAUAACACUAUUGAAUUCGGAUCGCGCAUCAAAAAACAAAAUUGGUGGUGAAAUAGUGCAUGUGUUGUUAACGGAACAUGUCAAACAGUUGAAAUUGGGAGAUAUAUGGCCUAAAGAGUUCGACAAUACUGACAAUACACGAGCGUUAGAAACUGACAAUAAUAAGAUUAUUCGUAAAUACGAAUCGAAUGGCCGGUACUGA